CCCGGACUCAUCUGGAGCAAACGCAAACAGAAAUGGCUGACUCGCCUACAGCAGCUUGCCCGUCGACCAUCUACAAUUACUUGAAGCAAAACUUGUCGCCUAAGAGCGAAGUUUUUCUUCCGGAUGCUUCCGAUGAGACUAUGGAGAUAGUUCAGCGCUGGAACGCAUACAAUACGCCGCAUUACAUCGUUUUUGCAAAGCCUGCGACUAACAAAGAUGUCCAAACCAUUGUCAAGUACUCAAACGACAAAAACGUCCCAUUCUUAGCAACUGGAGGUGGUAAUGGGUAUACCAACACCACCUCUGCGUUAAAAGGAGCGAUUGACGUCGAUCUGGGCUUCUUCCGUAGUGUUAGUGUUGACGCACCCAACAACCGGGUGACAGUCGGCGGGGCCGCAACUUUUGACGAUAUUUUCGGCCCAAUAUCUGCUGCAAAGAAAGAACUCCAGACCGGCUCGUGUUCUUGCGUUGGCGUGGUCGGAGCAACCCUCGGAGGAGGGAUUGGCCCUUACCAAGGGAUUCAUGGCUUGAUUCUGGAUGCCUUGAUAUCUGUAACUGUUGUCACUGGAAAAGGAGAUAUUGUCACGGCUUCUACGGGUGAGAACCAGGAUCUUUUCUGGGGACUCCGUGGAGCUGGCUUCAACUAUGGUGUCAUCACUUCUGCAACUUACAGAAUCCAUGAUCAGACAAACAACGGACUUGCUCUCAAUGGAGACUUCAUCUACCCAACUUCUGCAAAGGAGCAUGUCUUCAAUGUCGUCAAGACGUACGAGAAUAAUCAACCAAACGAGCUCUCUAUCUUCGCGUCCAUCAUGCUCGACCCUGUCACGCAAGUUACCGUCAUCCUGAUCUCAGCGAUUUAUAUUGGCCCGGAGGAGGAAGGCUUAGCUUACAUUCAACCACUGAUCGACAGUAACCCAGUAAGGUCAAAUAUCAGCUCAAUCCCGUGGAGCAGACUGGUAAAGGAAAAUCGCUUCGGUGCGGACCAGUUCGCUUGUUUGAAGGGCGGUAAUCACUCCGUCUUCGGUGGAAAUUUGGCGACGUUCGACGUGUCUACUUAUGUAAGCCUCGUGGAUGAGUUCAUUCAGUUCUACACCGAAAACCCUGCACUUGCGACAGCCAUCCUCGUUGUUGAGAUGUUUCCCAACGCUGUCACGAAGAGCAUCCCAGAUGAUGCAACAGCAUACCCAUAUAGAGACAGUUUUGCAUAUUUCUUCUUCUCCUUCGUCUUCUCGGAUGUAGCGUCUGGGGCAAUUGCUGAGAGGGCUGGGCUAACGUGGCGGAACAAACUCAUGUCAACUGGCGGCAAGGACGGGAAGCUUGAGGUGUAUGUCAACUAUGCUCAUGGUGAUGAGGGUCGCGUCGCCUGGUACGCACCGAGAAAGAUACCCAAGCUACUGGCAAUAAAAUCCAAGUGGGACCCUCAGAACCUCUUCAAAUGGACGAACGGUCUAGUCUGAAGGGGCGGCUGGAUAGAAUAGUAUGAGCUUGGUACAGAGAUUGCACAAUAGUUCAUUGGUGGCAUAAAAUACAGGACUG